AAAUUCUACCUUCCAACCAACACCGCCCGUUACGCGGUAUCCUAACAUAAAACAAAAAGAAAGAAAGAAGAGAAAUAGUCAAAUAACCAAAUUCAUUAUCCGGAGAGGCCAAUCCCUGCAAAAUACGUGAGAUGUCUCUUCAUCAGCCCGAAACCCUGACUAAUAUUAUGCCGGUGAUGCCUAAAGAAGAAGAGGUUACUACCUCCGAGCCCCAGCAAAAAAUGCCAAAGGUUAAUACGGACCGACCCUGGUACACCGAUUAUGGAAUUUCAGAAAACGGUGAGGACCGUUAUGAAGCAAUGGUGAAGUUCAUAAAUGAAUGUGCUGAAUGGGCCCAUGUGGAGGACGAACAUCUAAGGAAGGAACUCAAGCUUUACACCUAUCAAGUCAAUAUGUACGGCCCAUACGAGGUCGAUGUUUUCCCAGAUUGGCCGCUUUUUUCCAAGGUGCAUCCCAUCGAUUUUGAGGGUGACAAGGAAUUUGUCGAAGUUGUAAAGACUGGGACUAAAUCCGCAAUUGCUCUCUACAACCGGGAACAUGUAAUGAAACACCACCUAAUUUAACGGCUUUACUCUUUAUAAUAUUAAUAAUAAUGUUGUAUUCUUGGUUCUUUAAUUCAUCACUUGUUUAAUUCACAAUUUUCAUACCUUGUAGAGCCUAGAUGAGAACAUCAGUCUUGUGAAGAUUGUGAAGGUGAAUCUCAUCUGUGGGUAUGGCAGAAGAUUUUAUAUCACUUUUGAUGCUGAUGUUUCUAUGUCUGGGUUAAGGAAGACCUAUCAAGCUGAAGUGCUCAAUAUCGGAGAUUAUAUUGAUGCUAUGAUGUGCCAUAUUAAACCUUGAUGUAUGCUUGAAGUUUGAUAAUGGGACUGUGUUUACUAUGAAAAAUGUGAGACAUGUUCCUGAUUUGCGUCAUAACUUGUUUUCUGUUGCUGCUUUUGAGGGUAGUGGGUUAGAGGGUAAAUGGGGUAAUGGGUGCAUGAAAGUUUUGCCCUCGCCGUCGCACGCCGUCGCCGGAGGUCCUGCAGUGCUGCCGCCGUCGGUCCUGGGGUUCCACCAUCGGUCCAGAGGGUUCCAGCCGUCCAAGGAGGUCCUGCCAGUCCGGUCCAGACCUGUUGCCGCUGCCUGGGAGAUUCUGCCGCCAGUCUGCCGCCGGUUCAGUCCGCUGCCGCCUGUCCAGUCCACUUCCACCGAGUCUACAGCAGCCCACGCUGCCUACGGUAAGUCGGGUAACCCAACCUCGGGCCCCGCUCAGGUAAAUUGGCGUUUAACAUCCUUGGUGUACCGGAGUGCCACCGGAUUUUUUUUCCCCCGUUCCCCGCUGCCCGCUGCUGACCUACGUGGUCUUGGAUGCCGGCUGUGUCCGGCCCCUGGUACGUUUACUAAUCCUUUGUGUGAUUUUUUAUUCGUAGUUCAUUCAUUUUAAUUUCAAGUUGAAUUGCAAUUACUUGUUUGUUUGAAUUGUGAUUACUUGUUGGUUUGUGAUUAAUUUUUUCCGGUGAAGAAUAUUUUGUUUGGAUACUCGUUGUCCAAAGUUGUGAAUAUUUCUUCCGGUUUAAAUUUAAUCGCGUGUUGGAUUUUGAUUUUGCUUUUCUGUUGUUUGAUUCGUGGAUAAACUCUCCGGUUAAGAAUAUUUGUUUGGAUACUUGUUGUCCGAAGUUGGGAAUAUUUCUGUCCGGAUUAGUUUUAAAUCUAGUUUCUUUGCUUGUUGAUUUAAUUCUAGCCUAUUUGUGCUUGUACGAAAGAACAAGGAGAUUGUACCCCGAGCUUUGUGUUCAUUGGUUUUCUCGGCUUGUUCGUGCUAGUUGCUCCGUACAAUUGAUAGCCCUAUAGGUUAUAAUUAAUCAUUUAUCUGUCUGUUGAGUAAAUAAAAAUUUUAUCUUGCUUGUACGAAAGAACAAGGAGAUUGUACCCGAGCCUUGUGUUCAUUGGUCUUCUCGGCUUGUUCGUGCUAGUUGCUUCGUACGGUACGAAAGAACAAGGAGAUUGUACCCGAGCUUUGUGUUCAUUGGUCGUCUCGGCUUGUUCGUGCUAGUUGCUUCGUACUGUUUUUUGCUUGAUAAUUUUUUAUUUACUCUCUUGCGUGUUGUGCUUGCUUUCCGGUUAAUAUGGCUGUCAAUCAAUAUGGCAUGCUUCCAUUCAACGGAAAGACAGAUUUUGAUAUCUGGAAACAGAAAAUCAAAUGCGUGUUGAUCCAACAGAAAGUCUAUAGAGCAGUGACUGGUCUCUACUUAGACUCUGAGGAUGCUGCUAAGCGCGAUGAAAUGAAUGAAACUGCUUGUUCCUCUAUAUACCUGAACCUUUCUGAUUCGGUACUCAGGAAGGUGGGUAUUAUAGAUUCUGCAAAGGCUUUGUGGGACAAGUUAGAUAAGACGUAUACCGAUACUUCUUUGCCUGGUAAAUUGUUUUUGCUUGAGAAGUUCUUUAGAUUUAGGCUUGAUCUGUCUAAGGACAUAGAUGAGAACCUAGAUGUGUUUAACAAGCUUAUUCAGAAUAUUAAGCAAGCCGGUGAUAAACACAUAGAUGACUACACACCCAUAGUGUUACUUAAUGCCAUCCCUGACUCAUACAAUGACGUCAAAUCUGCCAUAAAGUAUGGUAGAGAUGAUAUCUCGUUGGAUGUAGUCGUUAAUGGAUUAAGGAGUAAGGAGUUAGACCUUAGACACUCGAGGGGUAGUAACAGUCAGUCUAGGGACUCAGGUGAAGCGUUGUUUGUGAGGGGUAGGUCUAAGAGUAGAUCUAGAAACCAUAAGAAGGGCAACAACGAUAAGAACAAAAACAAUGACCCGGGGAAGAAGAGAGGUAAGUCUAAGAAGAGAGUGUGCUAUAAUUGUGGUAAUUCUAGUCACUUCAUUAAGGAUUGUCCCCAUCCGAAGAAGUCUGAACAUGCUAAUGUGGUAGAUGAUAAUAACUUGCAUGAAGAAGUUUUUAUGAUUUGUGAUUCUGCCAAUUCUGUGUUGAGUAGCAUGACUGAAAAUGAGUGGUUGAUUGACUCUGGUUGUACUUAUCAUAUGACACCUUUUAGAUCCCUGUUUUCUUCUUAUUAUUCUUGCAAUGAUGGUUUUGUGUCUCUUGCUGAUAAUAAGAAAUGCAAAAUUCAUGGGGUGGGUGAUGUAUGCUUGAAGUUUGAUAAUGGGACUGUGUUUACUAUGAAAAAUGUGAGACAUGUUCCUGAUUUGCGUCAUAACUUGUUUUCUGUUGCUGCUUUUGAGGGUAGUGGGUUAGAGGGUAAAUGGGGUAAUGGGUGCAUGAAAGUUUUGAAAAAUUCCCUUGUUUUGUUUAAGGCAAAAAAGGUGAAUAACUUGUAUGUGUGCCAUGCUCAACCUUUCUGUGAUUCUGCUCAUGUUGUUAAUUCUGAUAAAUCUGCUUUGUGGCAUAAUAGAUUAGGACACAUGAGUAAUAGGGGUUUAGAGAUUUUGCAUAAAUCUGGUUGUUUUGGUAAGGAUUCUGUGUCCCCCAUCCCCUUCUGUGAAUCUUGUGUGUUAGGCAAGCAGCAUAAGGUUACAUUCCCCUCCUCCCCAUAUCCUAAUCCUACUAAGUGUACCUCUGUGUUAGAGUAUGUUCAUGCUGAUGUGUGGGGUCCUGCUAGUGUCUCUACCCACGGGGGUAAGAGAUAUUUUUUGUCCAUCAUUGAUGAUUUUUCUAGGAAGGUGUGGGUCCGUCUCCUUGAGCAUAAGUCUGAUGUCUUUGUGAAGUUUAGGGAAUGGAAAAACCUUGUAGAAAAUCAAACUGGUAAGAAGGUCAAAACCAUUAGGACAGAUAAUGGUCUAGAGUUUUGCAAUAAGGAUAUGGACCAAUUGUGUGUUGAUUGUGGGAUUAGAAGGCACAAAACUGUGCCCUAUACUCCCCAACAAAAUGGGAUAGCCGAGAGGAUGAAUAGGACUGUUCUAGAUAAGGUUAGGAGUAUGCUUGCCACCGCCGGUUUGUCUAAAAAAUUUUGGGGUGAAGCAGUUAACACUGCUGUCUACUUGAUUAACCGGUCUCCUUCUGUUCCCUUGGGUGGGAAGUGCCCUGAAUCUGUUUUUUCAAACAAACACCUUGAUUUGUCUAAUCUUAGAGUGUUUGGGUGUGCAGCGUAUGUGCACCAACAAGGUGACAAGUUGGAUCCUAGGUCUAAGAAAGGAGUCUUCCUAGGUUAUCCCGAGGGUGUGAAGGGGUAUAGGGUUUGGGAUAGGAACCAGGUAGGUUUCAAAGUUGUGGUGAGUAGAAACGUUGUUUUCAAUGAAUCCGAGUUUCCUUGUCUGGUUAAGUCAGUUCCUGAUUCUGAGUCUGAUCCUAGUAGUACACCCGUUGAUGUGGAGUCCAUACCACGUGCUGCUAGCCCUUUGUUUGCUAAUCAUGAUAAUGUUGUUUUUCAUGAUUCUAAUUCUUCUGAAUUGCAUGAUUCUGAUUCUUCUGAGCAUGAUACCACCACCACUUCGAGUGAGGUGGAGCAUUCUCAUGUGCAUUCAAAUGACAAUGAAUCGCAUGAUGAGAGUGCGGAUGCUAGUGAGAAUGAUUUGCAUGAUUAUCAACUUGCUAGAGAUAGAAGUAGGAGAGUAAUUAGGAGAACUGCUGAUAGUAUGCCUGAUUAUGCUUUCCAUAUGUGUGAUACUUCUAUGUUUGCUUUCUCUGUGUUUGAGACCCUUGAGCUUAACGAACCUAGAACCUAUAGAGAGGCCCUUAAGUCUAAUGAGUCCGCUAAAUGGCUUUGCGCCAUGGAAAGUGAGAUGGAGUCACUUAGAGCGAAUAAGACUUGGACGUUAGUUCCUAGACCGCCCAAUAGUUCCGUUGUUGCCUGUAAGUGGCUAUUUAAGGUUAAGGAAGAGUAGCCUCAUAACAGUGGUAUCAGAGCCUAACGACAUUAGAUAUAAGGCUAGGUUAGUAGCUAAGGGAUUUACUCAAAAGGAAGGUGUUGAUUAUGCUGAAAUCUUUGCUCCUGUAGUUAAAUUUACUACGAUUCGUAUGAUGCUUGCUCUUGUUGCUCAUAAUGAUUGGGAAAUGAAGCAAAUGGACGUCACCACUGCAUUCUUGCAUGGUGAUUUAGAUAAGAAAAUCUAUAUGUCCCAGCCUGAGGGCUUUGUGGAUCCCAUGAAGAGUGAUCAUGUGUGUUUGCUUAGGAAGGCCUUGUACGGCCUGAAGCAGUCCCCGAGGCAGUGGAAUAUCAAAUUUGACCAGUGCAUGUCAUCUUUGAAAUUUCACAAGUCUGAAUGCGACCAUUGCCUAUACUUUAAAAAUACUUCUUCUGUGCCUGUAUUUUUAUUGCUAUAUGUAGAUGAUAUGCUUAUUGUGAGUCCUUCGGGUGACGCCAUUAAAUGUGUGCAAAAGCGUCUCAGUGAGAACUUUGCUAUGAAAGACCUAGGUGAUGCCAAAAGGAUCCUAGGGAUUAACAUUGUUAGGGAUAGGAGUAAGCGUGUGUUAGUUCUCAAUCAGAUUUCAUACAUUGAAAAGAUUUUGAGUAAAUAUAACAUGCAUUCUGCUACUCCCGUUUCUAUUCCGAUGGCGUCUCACUUUGUGUUAAGUAAGGAUCAGUCUCCCAAGACUGCUCCUGAAAUUGCUAAAAUGAAAUCUGUGCCUUAUUCCAAUGCUAUUGGGUCUGUGAUGUAUCUCAUGGUGAGUACUAGACCCGACAUUGCCUAUGCUGUUAGUUGCUUGAGUAGGUAUAUGUCUAAUCCUGGUUUAGAUCAUUGGAAUGCUCUUAAGUGGUUGCUUAGGUAUUUGAAAUCUUCUGUUAAUCAUGGGUUGGUUUUCACUAGGUGUUCUGAGGGGGUUAAGUUGAGUGGGUAUGUGGAUUCUAAUUUUGCUAAUGAUAGAGACAAUAGGAAAUCCACUACCUCUUAUGUGUUUACUCUUUGUGGGUCAUGCAUUAGUUGGAAAUCUCAACUUCAACCCAUAGUUGCCCUAUCCACCACUGAGUCAGAGUAUGUGGCCGCUACCGAAGCGUUUAAGGAAGCCAUUUGGCUUAAACGUCUCCUGACGGAGAUUGGUAGUCUCAAGCAGGAUAUUUGUGUGUUUUCUGAUAGUCAAUCUGCUAUUCAAUUGUGUAAAAACCCUGUUUUUCAUGAUAGAACUAAGCACAUUGAUGUUAGAUUUCAUUUUAUACGUGAUAUUGUGAGUGCAGGUCAUAUCAAGUUGAUUAAAAUUCCUUCGGAAUUUAAUCCUGCUGACAUGGGGACUAAAUGUCUCUCAGUCGAAAAGUUGAUGUCGUGCAAACGCACGUUAAACAUUGAUUGCGGAUAAGUUGCCUGGUGAUCUUACCCCUUUGCCUGAAUAUGUCUUUGUGAUUAUUCGGGCAAUCCAGCGAUGAUGAGUCUCAUGUUUGUUUUAGAGUCAUUUUUGACUCUACACCACUAUGGUCCAAUAAGGUGGAGAUUGUGUUAGGUAUUGGCCCAACAAUUACAUAAGCCCAACAACCCCAAAGGAGUACCCGACCCGACCCUUCUCUCUUCCCCGUUGACAGUUCGCAUCUCAUCUCCCUUGGCCGAUCGAUUCUUUCCGUUGAUGCUUCAAUUCAUUGCGUAUCUCCUUCUAUGGUAAGUUACCAUUUCUAAUACUCGGCACCUCACCUAUAUAUUCGACUCUUCUCUUGUGCGAACUGUUUUUUGGCUGGCCGAGAAAAACCCUUUUCCCAAAUCGAACCUCUGCUCCUUUGUGGUGCUCGAACAAUCUGAGUUGGCCGGAAAUUGUGAGUUGGUUGUUGCCCACAACCUCACCUUGUGAUCUAGUGGUGUUCUUUCAUCCUUUGUGGGUGAACCCUAUGGAGACCUGAGCUGGAACAGAGAAACAACAAACCUGAUUAUAAAAAACCAAAUCCGGUAUUCAUCUCCUAUUUCUGUUCUAUAUUUCAUAAGGUGUUUAUGCAUUAGGACGCUUUUAUGGUUUGUUUCUUAAAUAACAGAGAAGUGAUCAAGUCCGAACUUUUUGAAAACUUUUUUUGCAAACUUUUAUAGUAUUAGAAGUUGGAUCACAAUAUAUGGCACAAAUUUGAGAUUCACUAAAUGUAACUUUUUUUGCAAACUUUUCUAGUUUUAGCCAUUAGAUGACAAUAUAUGGCACUAAUUUGAGAUUCAUUAAAUGAAACUCACCUUUUUGUUGACUAAAUGAACUCUUCGUGCUUGUGAAUCAAGCUGUGUUCUUCAUAGUUUAUGCCCUUCAAGUGGGUGAGUUCCAAUGAUCCAUCAUUUGCAAUGAGUCAAAGACUCACUCUUUUUUUGAAAUAAUUACAUAAAUAUGACCAAAAUAAAGAUGAUUUACAAAAGUAUAAUUAUUGACUAGAAUAGUAAUGAAAUCAUAGUAAUUCAUGUUCAAGUUUUGAUCUUAAGUUACCACAACACCACAUUGUAGUAAUGAAUAGUCAUAUUUAUGUAAAUAUGUUUUAUUUUAGUAAUAUUCUUGUAAAAAACCCCUCUUUUUUGGUUUGAGCAUACGAUGGAAUAAAGCAAAAUGGGUCACUAAACUGUCUACGCUUCUUUGUUAUGAACCUAGUUAGUUAAAUGCGGUACGGGAAUUAAACGAGGUUUAAUACGUACGCGUUUUAUUCGGUAACAUGAAUGAAAAAGACAGUCAAAAAUUCGUUGAAAAAACCGUUGACUUUUAAAAAACAUGUAAAUACGUAUACGUGUAUAAUACAUUAUCUACUACAAAAAUUCGGACGAAGAAUACGGGUAUUAUUUUGAACAUCUAAAUGAUAUAUUUCAUAAAAUGACAUAUAUAGUAAAAAAGAAAUAAAAGUAUACACAUAUUCAAGUAGCAAAUCCCAUUACUACAUACAAGAAUAGUUCACAAUUGCAUAAGUCGAUGACAAAAAUAAAAACAGUAAUCAAGUCUAGGACAUAGUUUUGAAAAAUAAUGUCAAAAAAUCAUUAUCUUAUAUGAUCAUCAAAUAAUAAUACUCAAGUUAAACUCAUCAUUUUCAUUAAGAUGACAUAUGACAAAAGUUGUGUGAUUGCUACACUUAUUAUUGUUUGUGUAAAAGCUUAUGCUAAAAAACGUUAGAUUUAGAAAAAUCUUAAUUUUGAUAUGCCAGCUUAAAAAAACAUCAGAAAUCUUGUAGUAUAUUACUACGUAAGUUUUAGUAUUUCAGGAUGCUAGCUUUAGCCAUCAUGCAAUUAAUUUUAGUAUUUAAUAAUUGCACUGUAACAAUACAAAAACACGAGAUCAUAGGGUGGAAGUUUUCAUUUUUACUUUUACAUGAACUAAAUUAAAGUGUUCAAUUAGCCCCUUAUAUAGGAGGUUUUGCCCGGCCGUCGCCAAUUGGGGUGGUUCCCGGUGGAAUUUUUUGAUGAAUUUUUUUGAGCAUCUUCUUCAUUAGUUCAUAUACCUAUUUGACCCUUUAACCAAAGAAAAAAAUAUUGGUAUUAAAUCAAUGUAUUGGUAGCACAAUUGAAGGAGAAGCAUGCAAUUAAGUAUCAUGAUCCACAUAUAAUAUAUAUGCUACAAGCCUACAAAUUAACUCAUUAAUUUUACUAUAUUAUCAUUGUAUUGACAUCAAAAUAUUUAUUGUGCUAACUUUAUAAUGUAGUAUGAAUACUCAUUUUUUUAAAGAGUAUACUCACUUCUUUUAACAUAAAAUACCCGGCUGUACGGUGUGCACGUUACAGCCGGUUGUGCGGUGUAUUUUGCCCGAGUCAGAGGGUAGAUUGAGGCAUAGAAGAUUUGGGGAGAAAACGGGGAAGAAUAUAAGUAUACAAAUUUUUUACACAAUAAGUUGGAAUUGUUUAUUAUAAUUCCAUGAACUCUCAGACUACUUUUUUGCUCAAAUCUCGCAUAUUCUCCCUCUAUUCAACUGGCCCUUAAAUAGGCUUUAAAGAGUUCGGAAAGUUAAAUAAAAAAAGCAACCAAAAAAAUAAAAAAAAAGAAAUACAACAAUUCAGAGAUUGCAAACCAAUAAUACAUAAGAUUUCCAAAGAUUUCAAAUCUCUGAUUGUCAUUCACUCAUUUGUCUUAAAUACUUGUCUGGUUUGUUGGUGUCACUUGCUGGUUUUUAAAUUCCUUCUUUUGCGGUGUAAUUGACAUCCUAUGAACGCAUCAGCCUACAAUUAUGUUUGUCUCUAACUUCUCUUCUUAUACCUUCAGCUCUUUUGCUCCUCUAAGUCUCAGUCAGGAUCUUACAGGAGUUAAUCUUGACCUCUUUCUUGUCAGUCGAGUACUUUGAACUAUUAAUACAACAACAACAACAACAACUUUGAACUAUUAAUAGGAUAAGAAAAGUGUCACUUGUGAUUUAUGACUUCAAGAUGGAUGACUUUGUUUUUGGUAAUUUGGCAUUUGUAAUUAUGAUGAUGAAGAUUAAGACUGAAUAAUAUUUAUCAUAUUUUGGAUGUAAUAUGUUUAUGUAAUGUAAUGUAGUUUAAAAGGUGUAUAAAUAGCGGUUGUUCUGCUCUCAGCUACAACAUCUUUGUUUUAGGCUGCUACGCUCUACUCUCUGGGAUUGACAUCACUGCUUCAAAAUGCUUUGAUCCAAAACAUUUUAAUUUUGCCUUCAAAAUAUCAAAUGAAUUUGUUUUGGUUUUUUCCUCUAGUAGGCCACUGUCUGCCUGGUUCUAAUGUGGAUCCUCACCCAUUUUUACAGGGUAAUAAUUAAAUCAUAAUUAAUAAACUAACAAUGACUGCAAUGUGUAUGAAUUGUGGCAUGUUAGUAGUUGUAUUUGACUAUUUGGUGCUAUCUAUGUAGCCAAUAGGUCUGGAUAAUUGCCCAGCUCUGCAAUUAGGGAUAAUACGUCCGGUUCCUUCGGAGGAAAAAGAGCUGUUUGAAAUUGUGGAGGCUUGUACCGAUAAAGCAAUUGCGUUCUACAAUGAGCAACAUAAUCAAAGUGACGAGGAUAUCAUAUUUGAGAAGAUUUUGAAUGCUCAGUACAAAAUUGAUCAUGGUAAAACAUUUUAUAUUGCUUUUGAUGCGGUUGGUUCUAAAUCUGGGCUAAGAAAGACCUAUCAAGCUGAAGUGAUCUAUCGGAUAUAUUACACUAAAGUUGUGAUGUGUCAGCUUGAUCCUGAAAGUGAUGAUGAACUAUGUCAGAUCGAAGAGGAGAUCACAGUGGGGAGCGAGAAGGGUGGAGCGAUCACAAUUGACUGCGAGGAGAGCCAACCCUGCUACUUUGCCUAUGGAUAUAUAAUAGAAAGUGAGAGGUCAAAGCUGAGCUUACAUGAAUGUGCUGAAUGGGCCCAUGUGGAGGACAAAAAUCUAAGGAAGGAACUCAAGCUUUACACUUAUCAACUCCAUACUUACGGCCCAUAUGAGGUCGAUGUUUUCCCAGAUUGGCCACUGCUUUCCAAGGUUCAUCCUGUCGAUUUUGAUGGUGAUGUGGAAUUUGUCGGAGUUGUGAAGACCGGGACUGAAUCCGCAAUUGCCCUCUACAAUCGGGAACAUAGUUCAGAUGAGAAUAUCAUUCUUGCGAAGAUUGUGAAGGCUAACCUUAUCAAUGGGUAUGGUAGAAGAUUUUAUAUUACUUUUGAUGCGGAUAAUUGUGUGUCUGGGUUAAGGAAGACCUAUCAAGCUGAAGUGCUCAAUUUGGGAGAUUCUAUUGAUGCUGUGAUGUGCCAUUUCAAACCUGAUUAUAAAAAACCAAAUCCGCCAAUAGGUCUCGACAAUUGCCCAGCUCUGGUUUUAGGGAAGACAUUUCCGGUCAGUUUGGAGGAUAAGGAGCUUUUUGAAAAUUUGAAGAACUGUACCCAUGAAGCAAUUGCUUUCUACAACAAGCAACAUCCAAGCGACGAGGAUAUCAUAUUCAAGAAGAUUUGGUAUGCUGAGUGCAAAAUUUAUCUCGGUAAAACAUUUUAUAUCGCUUUUGAUGCGGUUGGUUCUAAAUCUGAGUCAAGAAAGACCUAUAUAGCUGAAGUGAUCUAUAAGAUAUAUUGCACUAAAGUUGUGGCGUGUGAGCUGACUCAGCUUGCUUCUCCAAGUAAUGAUGAACCAUGUCAGAUGAUUGAAGUGUAGAAGAUGUGGAUAUCAGCGACUAUGUAUUUUGAAGGGGCCACAAAAUAUGCUCUUAUGUAACAAUGACUAGAUCAUAAUGUUUAUCAAGUAAUGAUGUUAAGACAUCACUUGUAGAUAUUCCAAUUUAGUUGCUUUUUAUCUUAAUCAUGAAUUGUUGACGAGCAUAUAUUACCAAUAACGAGAUCUCAAUGGGAAAUAUGG